CGAGACUGCAUGCAAAAACAUAACGUUUAUUUAGGGGCGAAAAAAGAGAGGAAAAGAAUAUAAGAAAGCAAAGAAGCUUAGAAGGUUGCUUGGGUGAGUGUAGUAGUGUUGUAGAAAAUGGAGACUCUGAAAGCUGCGAUUCCAGAAUCCCUGAAGCGAGCGAUAGGAGAUAGCACUGUUUACGAUCUUCGCAGCACGUGUUCCUCUCUUCACAGCUUCUUUCUUCACUUCGAUCCAUUUCAGCAGAUGAUCACUGAACUGGCGGAUCCCAAGUAUGCUCUGUGCGGCAAGAGUAAGGACGAUGCUUCCAAAUCCAAGCAGCUUGGCAAUCAAUGCUUCUCCAAUGCAGAUUAUGCGAAGGCCUUGGAGUGCUAUACUCAGGCAUUGCGCAAGGCUCCAUUAGACACUGGUGACAUGGAAAGUAAUCUUGUUGCAACAUUAUAUGUCAAUCGUGCUACUGUAUUACAUAAAAUGAAUCUUUCAGUAGAAUGUUUGCGAGAUUGCACUCGAGCUCUUCAGAUUUGUCCAAGCUAUGCAAAGGCAUGGUACAGGAGAGGGAAGGCAAAUGCUUCAUUGGGAAAUUAUAAAAGUGCAAUCUGCGACCUAAAUGUGGCCAAGAGUGUGGAACCUUCAAUGAGUGGGAAGAGAAAAAUAGAAUGUGAACUGAAAAUUCUUUUAGAUCAAUGCAAGAGUACAAGUGCGGUAGUACAGGAUAAGAAGUACAACUGCAAUGCUGUGGGUGAGAUGCCCCAGAUAAAAUUACAGUGUGUUCCCAUGCAAGAUAAAGGAAGAAGCAUGGUGUCAUCAUGUGUCAUUUCACCAGGUUCUUUGGUUCAUGCUGAAGAACCUUAUGCUAUGAUAAUACUAAAGCAAUGUCGUGAAACUCAUUGCCAUUAUUGCUUGAAUGACCUACCUGCUGACAGAGUUCCUUGUAUAUCAUGUUCAAUACCAUUAUAUUGCUCCCACCAAUGCCAGAUACGGGCAGGUGGGAAAAUGUUCAGGAUUCACCCAGAAAAUAAUGGUAUUUUUAAAAACUUACCCACCGAUCUUGGAGAAUAUGUUGCUGAAGUUAUUCAAUGCAAUGAUUCUGAAGAAGAAAUUGAGGAUAUUAGUGAACAUAAACAUGAAUGUCAAGGUGUAAAUUGGCCUGUGGUACUGCCGUCUGAGAUAGUUUUGGCUGGCCGAAUACUAGCAAGAUUUUUGCCAAAGUGCACAUCUGAAGAUAUUGUAAACUUUGUGAAAAGGCUGGAGCUUUCUCAUUGUUACAAACAUAUGCCAGCUGAAAGCAAAUUGGAUUCACAUAUAUUUGCCAUUGUGUUAUUAAAUUGUCUUCAACACUCUUGUGGAACUAUGUUUUCCAUAGACGGAGUCUCCAUAUCACAGGUUGUCGAAAUUAUUUCUCAAAUUAAAGUGAAUUGUAUGACUGUUGUUCGUUUAAAAUCAAUAGACACUCAUGGACUAUCUGGUCAUUUUGGAGAAUUUCCAUUUCAGUCCAACACGCAUUUAACUAGUACUGUAGAACAGGUCAGAGUGGGUAAAGCUAUUUAUAAAGCUGGCAGUUUAUUCAACCAUUCCUGCCAACCAAAUAUUCAUGCAUAUUUUCUUUCUCGCACUCUUUAUAUACGAACCACAGAAGUUGUAGCAGCUGGGUGUCAGCUAGAAUUGUCUUAUGGUCCACAGGUUGGGUUGUGGGAUUGUAAAGAUCGUCUUAAUUUUCUUGAAGAUGAGUACGGGUUUCUUUGUCAGUGUACUGGUUGUUCCGAAGUUAAUCUAUCUGACGUUGUGUUCAAUGCCUUCCAUUGUGUCAAUCCAAAUUGUUCUGGUGCAGUGUUGGAAAGCAGAGCACUUGACUGUGAAAAGCAUAAAAUCAAGCACUUCCCUGUUACUGACAAUGUUGACAAGAAUGAUGACAUUUAUGAAGUAGGUCUUCAUGUCUUCAAACAAAAUGGUGCCUCUGUUCAUAUUCGACCUGGAUACUGUUUGAAAUGUGGUUCUUACUGUGAUUUGGAGGCUUCACAUGCUGCAGUUGAUAAAGCUUUAGUAUGCAUGAAAAGGUUGCAGGAUGCAAUAUUGUUAAAAGAAAUUUCAAGUAUUGCUAUUUCUGAUGCUUUGAGAUCUCUUCAUCUGCUGAGAUUAAAUUUGCAUGCAUACAACAAGCUUAUUGCAGAGGCAGAAGACAACAUUGCCCAAGCUUUAUGUUUUGCAGGAGAAUUACAAUUAUCUAUGGAGCACUGUAAAGCAUCUGUCCAGAUUCUGAAGAAGCUAUAUGAUACUGAUGAUAUUGUUAUUGCUUAUGAACUUGUGAAGCUUUCUUCUAUCCAACUUUCCUUGGAUGAUGAUACUGCUGUGGACAGCAUAAAUCAAAUAGAUGAUAUCUUCUCACGAUAUUAUGGACUUCAUGCAGACUUGGUCUUCCCUUAUCUUCAAUACCUUAGAGGAGAGAAAUUGAACAAUUUUCACUGAAGUCUCUCCAAUAAAAUGUUUUUCCAACAAAGUGAGCUAUAAAAUGUGAGUAUAAUUGUCAAUCUCGGCUUAAAUGACGGGUCAUUUGAUAUGAAAGAUAUACUCGAGAAAGGUUACUCAAAUCUCAUCCAAGCUAUUUGAUAGUCGAGAUGUUUUGUUCAUAAAAUAAGAAUGAGGCUUUGAACUAAUGUCAGUCAGGUGUGUUCUCUAACUGCUCUCUCUUUAAGUACAUGUGUUCUUAUUGAUAUAGAUUAAUAAAAAAUUUAAAGGGGAGGAGAUAUAUUUGAAACAUUGUCUUGAGAUAUCAGUUGAUGAAACCUCAAUUAGUUACAAGGAGUAUCAAUAAUUACUUUUCAUGUUAUAGCUUUGGUUCCCAAAGAAAGUUGUUAAUUUGCGGUCAGUUAUACCUGCUAGUACUAACACCGAACCUAGAAUUUUUAUUAAUUUAGUUUCAUGAAGUGGGGAACAGUAAAUGUAGGAGAUCGUGUAAUUUUGAUGAUUAUAUUUAAUGUGCUGAUUUUUAAAGCAUAUGGUGCAAAGCUUUACGGUUGAGAUGCUAUAGGGGUUGAGAUUAUGGAGAAAAACUGUAGGAAUGGAUUCUUGACAAAUUGUGCAGCUUAGCACUGAUGGAGAGGCUAGCAGGAUUUUUUCACAUUCUCUUUCUUGAUAGACUUAGAUAAGUGAAAGAUACGUUAGUUAUAUGAUGCUUGUAAAUUGCACUUAAUACAAGUAUACUUGUCACCCGUUAAGCCACAGGGAUUAAUUGAACAACAGAUUCCAAACCUUAUGCUAUUCAGAUAAUCUGGGAAUAGAAAACAAGUGGGAUGGCAAUAGUUCUGAAACUAUCCUAGAAAACGAAGAAAAAAUGAGGGGGAAAAAUAGAAGGAAAGUAAAGCUGGUAAAGAAAAUGACUAUGAUAGAUUGAUCAAUGGCAGAGGUUAAAAGAAUUGGGAAUUGGUGCAGUAAGGAAUUUGAUUAUUGGGUGAUUCUCGUUGAAGGACUGUUGAAUUGAUAUUCAAUAUUUGUUGCCUCUUGAUUUUUUCUUUUCUUCCCUGCCUGAAAUUGUUCCUCUGAUCCAUUAACCCAUAGAAAAUACUUGAUUCUUGCAUGCCUAUUAAGGGUACAUCAAUUGAGAUUUGGUUACUUACCAAGCCUAUGAAAGUCCUUUGAAGAAAUUUGAGUGCAUUAUUUUCAUCAUUAUACAGAUCGAGAGCGAGGUGUAGAAUGAACCCGUGUGGAGUUUGAUCUCAAGGGACUCAAGUCUCUGAUCGGCUUACCUCCAAUUAUUUUCAUUUUUCUUGGGACUGAUUGUUGAGUUUCUCUUUAUUAUUACUUUUUUUUUUUAAUUUCCUAAUACAUUUGUUAUUUUGUUCCAUUUUGUGUUCAUCUUAAAACGCGGUGCAGGCAAUGGGUAUGUCACCUUUGAAGGGAGUGACAUUGAAGAAAAUAUUCUGUUUGAAAGGGGAUGUUUAAGCAAAGCUGCUUAGCGAGUCACUCACUUUAACCUGAAUUGCUGACUGAGGUAGUACCCUAUAAUCUGCAGAUUCACCCACUAGAACACAAUGGAGUAUCCGAUAAUCUGCAGAUUUAGUAUUUGGUCGGAGGCCACGAGAAGGUGAAAAUAUAUCUACUCAUUUGUGGCUAAUUUGAGUGAGCGAAUUAUUUUUAUAUUAAUUGGAUUAAAUUAUCUUCAUGAUUUUAUUUAAUUUUCUAAGUAUAUAAUGGUAAAUUUACUUCUCUUACCCCUUUCCUCUCUCAUACUUUCGAAUCAAAAAUGAAAGAGCAUAAGAUUUAUUGUGCCCA